AUGGAAAAUAAAUUCACUCAUAUCUUUCUUGAACCAUAUUCAGGACAAUACAUUCUCAAACGUCGAACUUUUUCAGAGACUUCUCAUGGAAAUCUAACUGAAGAUGUCACAAUACUUGUGAAUGUCUACGCGUUGGUUGGUGUUUGGCGAAAAAAGAUCCAAAUUGGUUGGAUUUCGCUGGGUGAAAGCAGUUCAACGGAAGAUGAACAAGACCACUGGCAUGAAAUGAUUCAAGGUUUAGGUACGACAGUCUCGAAGUGGCAUCAUUUGAUGAUCAGUUAG